AUAUAACCUAAAAGUUGAACCACUUGAAACAUGAAAUUAAAAUGGAAAAAUUUCGUAAAAAGCCAAAAAAUAAUUAUCGUAGCAUCACCGGAAAAGUAUUCAACUUAAAUAUAAUUAAAAAGCCAAAUAGUGUUAAUGUUACAAUUCAGCAUUCCUAUAAAAAGACGAUCUUUAAAAGAAGUGUAGCAAUAUUAUCUAUAUUAUUUUUUAAUUUCCUGUGUUUAUUUGUGGAAAUAAUAGAUAUCAAAUUAGCUAUAAUAAUAUGUGUAAUUUGUUUUGUGUUUGUGAGGAAUAUUUGGGCUACAAUAACAUUAGAAAACUUGAUUAUUGUAAAUGGACUGGGGUACCAUGUUUCAACUAAAUAUUUAUUAGGUACAACCUACAAAUUUUUUCCGUAUGAACAAGUCCAAAGUGUAUUUAUUAAUGAAGUUAUUUUCCAAAAUAGAGUCAUUUUCAUCCUCACAAUGAUGAUCAAGAAGCCAAAGCAGGAGCAAAAGCGGUUAAUUCCCUUAUUUAUGGGCACACAACCACGAUUAAAAGCUCUACAAGUAAUAUUUAAGACCAUUUCUGUAGACCCUUGAAAAACUUCCAAUGUAUUGUUUAUUUAAAAAUAAAUUCGUAUCUUUGUA